UAAACCCUAGACUGGAUCCCUCACCAAUCACCGCCCCUAUAUUUCCCUCCACGCAAACCCAAAUCUCUCUUAAAGUCUCUUUCCCUCUCUCUCGUAUCACAUCUGAAAGAGUGCAAAGGAUCUCUGCUAAGCCAUGGCUCUGGUUCUGCAUGCAGGGAACACAAACAAGAAUGCUUACAAGGCACUUAUUGCUGCGGAGUACAGUGGAGUCAAUAUUGAAUUGGUGAAGAAUUUUGAGAUGGGGGUUUCAAACAAAACUCCAGAGUUUCAGAAGAUGAACCCUAUUGGAAAGGUUCCUGUGCUGGAGACACCCGAUGGUCCUGUAUUUGAGAGUAACGCCAUUGCUCGCUAUGUUACGCGCUUGAAGGCCGAUAAUCCUCUCUUUGGUUCUUCAUUGAUUGAAUGUGCCCAUAUUGAACAGUGGAUUGAUUUUGCAUCACUGGAAAUUGAUGCCAAUAUUUUGCGCUGGUUCAUACCACGAGCUGGUUUUGCAGUGUACCUUCCACCGGCCGAAGAAGCUGCAAUUGCUGGGUUGAAGAGAGCGCUAGAUGCCUUGAAUACUCAUCUUGCUUCCAACACUUACCUUGUUGGACAUUCUGUGACACUGGCUGAUAUCAUUAUGAUCUGUAACUUGGUUCUGGGGUUUAACCGUAUCUUGACUAAGAGUUUUACCUCUGAGUUCCCUCAUGUAGAGAGAUACUUCUGGACCAUGGUUAAUCAGCCAAAUUUCCGAAAGAUAGUGGGUGAAGUGAAGCAAACUGAAUCCGUUCCACCUGUUCAGUCUGCAAAGAAGCCUUCACAGCCAAAAGAACCUGCUAAACCUAAGUCAAAAGAUGAACCAAAGAAAGAGGUCAAGAAAGAAUCAGCACCAUCUAGAGCAGAAGAGGCUGUUGAGGAGGAAGAGGCACCCAAGCCCAAAGCAAAGAAUCCUCUUGAUCUUUUGCCUCCUAGUAAGAUGAUUCUGGAUGAAUGGAAAAGGCUUUACUCAAACACAAAGACUAACUUCCGUGAGGUUGCAAUUAAAGGGUUUUGGGACAUGUAUGAUCCCGAGGGCUACUCCCUUUGGUUCUGCGAUUACAAAUAUAACGACGAGAAUACAGUCUCCUAUGUAACUUUGAACAAGGUGGGUGGUUUCCUGCAGCGUAUGGAUUUGGCUCGCAAGUAUGCAUUUGGGAAGAUGCUGGUCAUUGGGUCAGAGGCACCAUUCAAGGUGAAGGGGCUGUGGCUCUUCCGUGGACAAGAAGUUCCUCAGUUCGUUAUCAACGAGUGUUAUGAUAUGGAGCUGUACGAAUGGAACAAGGUUGACAUUAAUGAUGAAGCUCAGAAGGAGCGUGUCAACCAGAUGAUUGAAGAUUCUGAGCCUUUCGAGGGGGAGGCUUUGUUGGAUGCCAAGUGCUUCAAGUGAUAAGGAUAUAUAUACACAUAUAUUCCUGACAAGUAGUAAUUUUUACUGGGUUCUCUCUUUGAAGAUCCUAAAUUUUUGGUUUACUAUUUUUUUUUUUUUUUUUUGUUCCAAACAAAUUGGUAAUUUUCUAUUAAUCUAUUUGUAGUUGUUUAAUGACGUUGGUAUCAUCCUAUGUAUUUGGUCCCAUGGAAAUGUUGUCGGAUAUCUCUAGACUUUUAAUUAAUUUACACUUGAUUUUUGUGUUA